GGCCACGUGAGGGCCGGGAUUGGCUGGCUCUGGAGGCGCGGGGUAGUCCGGUUUCCACUGUCACGUGGUGUGCGCUGUUUUCUUAUCACGUGGCUGCUGCCCAGCAUAGGCUGCAUGCGGCGGGGGCGGGCUUCCGCAAUCCUGCUCGGCGGAGGGGCCGCUCUGCUCCUGUCGCUUCUUUGGAUGCCAGUGCUGCUGCCUGGGGCCUCCCGCCUUCUGUUGCUACCCCGAGCCCUGCUGUCCAUGGCUUCAGGAAGCCCCCCGUCCCAGCCCUCGCAGGCCUCGGGCUCUGGCUAUGUUCCCGGCUCCGUCUCUGCAGCCUUCGUCACCUGCCCCAACGAGAAGGUUGCCAAGGAGAUCGCCAGGGCUGUAGUGGAGAAGCACCUGGCAGCCUGCGUCAACCUCAUCCCUAAGAUUACAUCCAUCUAUGAGUGGAAAGGAAAGAUUGAGGAGGACAGUGAGGUGCUGAUGAUGAUUAAAACCCAAAGUUCCUUGGUUCCAGCUUUGACAGAUUUUGUUCGUUCUGUGCACCCUUAUGAAGUGGCCGAGGUGAUUGCAUUGCCUGUGGAGCAGGGGAACAUCCCAUACCUGAAUUGGGUGCGCCAGGUGACAGUUAUUUCUGACUCCAGCACAGUCCAACCAUGAUGAGCCCUGUUCCUGCCAUGUUCCCCUCAUACACUUCAGUGCCCUCUGACUUCCAGGUGAUGGCACCCUAAUAAAUCCUAUCUUUGGUUCUUGC